UGAAUUAGUACAUUUUUGCACUGUACAUGUGCAUCCAAUAUUUUGAUUUCACAUUAUUUACUCUAAUACUGUUAAAAACAAUCGGAGAACUGACCGAAUAAUGAACGUCAGCACGGAUUUUAAGCCGGUGCCCACGCGAGCGGCAUUGGCAUUGCAGAAAAAACAGGAGAACACCGAAUUCCAGGCACUUGUCUUCCACGAGCCGCAGUUUCCGCCGAAAAGUGGACCAAAAAAGCAGGACGAUGGCACCCAGAAGUCCCACAAAACAAAGGAGGGCGGCAUCGAACUAAAUCCCGAAUUUGAUAUCAAGAAGGCGCGCCACGAGGUCCUCAACUUUGCGAUCAAAAACCAGAGGGUGAUCAAAAACAAGAGCAAGAUGGAAAUGUUUCAGUUGGUUAAACUGGGCGCCAAGCCACUGAAAAAGGCGUCCAAGAACUACAAGGAGUUGAAGGAUGAACGUCAGCGGCUAAAAAAUAUUCGCGAGGAGCGCAAAAAGUUCCAUCAGUUGGGCAAAAAUCAAGCGGGCGCCGCCAGCGUUAAAUGCCGCACAAAAUCGCAUAAGGAGCGCAACGACAAGAAGCGGGCGCCCGUUUCGCACAUCGAUCAGCACUACGGCAAGGCGCAGCCCAAAUUCAAGACGAGAAAAUAGUUGUUUACAUAGCUCUUAGUCUAUUAAUAAAACUAGAUUAGUCUAAA